AUGGAUUUUCAUCUUCCGCAAUGGAUUACAGCACCCAAUAGCGUGACGCUAUUCACUUUGGCUAUUGUUGUGACCUGUGCAGUAUUCUUCGCAAUCAUUAAAAGGAUCAACUUCAUACAACGGGUUAACAAAAUACCUGGAAUGUUUGGCGGGUUUACUUUUCUGGGCAACGCCACGACUUUUCUUGUCCCACCUGAAGAACUUUUCAGUCUGGUUAUGGGAUACGUGUACAUCAUGCGCUCUUGUGGUCCUGUACUUCGUAUAUGGGCUGGCCCGUUCCCGAAUAUUUUGCUGUUUACGCCCGAGGCGUUUGAGGUUGUACUAAGCAACAACACGUUAAUUGACAAAAGUCGCGAAUAUGGUUUUCUUCAUCCUUGGCUUAAUACUGGAUUACUCACGAGCACAGGAAGCAAAUGGUUUAGUAGGCGAAAAUUGCUUACACCGACCUUUCAUUUCAAAAUUUUAGGAGAUUUUGUGCAAGUUUUUAAUGAACAGAGUCAAAUUUUGAUCGAAAAAAUCAACGCAGCCGUGGAAACCCAAAAGGACGGUUUUGAUAUUUAUCCAUUUAUAACAAGAUGCACCCUUGACAUCAUCUGUGAAUCAGCAAUGGGGUGCAAAAUUGAAGCCCAAACUCACAGCAAUGGCGAAUACCCUCAAGCUGUUCAUUCGAUGUGCCGAAUUUUUAAUGUUAGAGCAAGUCAACCGAUGAUGCAAUCUAAUCUCUUGUUCCAUCUGUCUUCGUACGGCGCAGAGCAACGUAAAAAUCUUAAAAUCUUACAUGCCUUUACGGAUAAAGUGAUUCAAAGUAGGAAGCUGGAACGGAAGCAAAAUAGCCUACAGAAGAAUGCCAUUGACGUGGGUACCAAUCAAGAUGACAAUUUCAUUCCAGCUAAGAAACGCUUGGCUUUCCUUGAUCUUCUUAUUGAUGCUUCAAACGAUGGGAUUUUGCUAACCGAUACCGACAUUCGUGAAGAAGUCGACACUUUUAUGUUCGAAGGUCAUGAUACGUCGACAGCUGCAAUUAGUUGGUCUCUUCUUCUCAUUGGGAGUCAUCCACAUGUUCAGGAAUUAGUCUGCGAAGAACUCGAUCGCGUGUUUGGGAAUUCGGAUCGUCAUGCUACAAUCAAUGACCUAAAUGAACUGAAAUAUCUCGAAUGCUGCAUUAAAGAAGCUCUGCGCUUGUACCCGAGUGUUCCAAUAAUGGGUCGUCAGCUGAGCCAGGAUACUAUCAUACAUGGAUAUACCGUACCCGCCAACACAACAGUGUUACUUUUUACCUAUAUUCUUCAUAGAGAUUCUAAACACUUCCCCGAUCCUGAGCUCUUUCAGCCAGGGCGGUUCUUUGAAGAGAACAGCAGGGGACGUCAUCCAUAUGUUUACGUUCCAUUCAGUGCGGGACCACGAAAUUGCAUUGGGCAGAAAUUUGCGAUAAUGGAGGAAAAAGUUAUUUUGUCAACAAUUUUGAGGAAUUUUCACGUGAAAGCUCUGGACCAGAGGGAAAACAUUGUUCUUUUGAACGAAGUAGUGCUUCGUCCCCGUGACGGAAUAAGGCUUUGUUUAACCUCCAAAAAAUAUAAACAAUAACUUUUAAAUGGUUGAAUUUAAAUACAUUUUCGUCAACUGGG